AUGCUCGGCUCAGUGUCUGCCAACCAGCUUGCGAAGAUCGUGGGCCCAUUCCUUUUUAUCGCUUGGUCGGUUUGGUAUUUGGGAAUCACUCGCCAGGAGAUUCAAGAGGUCACUCGCAAGUUUCGUGCGCAAAGGAACCUGUUCAUCGAGGACUUCCUCGAGCACGAAAUCGACGGCAAAUUCGAUGGCGGAGCUAUCAGCAAUCUCUGCGCCACCCGUAAAUGGACGCCCGGCUUGAUUAUGAGCUGCGACUCGGCACACGCGGGAUUAGGUGUUGUGCGAAAUGCCUGCUUACAUUGUAUUCGUUUUGCCAUUGAGGCUGGAGCCGAGUUGGUUCUUCCGGAAAUCGUGCCUCGUUCGGAGGAUAACCUCAAAGAUAUCGUAUCGAAGCCUGCCGUCCCCCUCGACCACUUUUUCGACGCUGAUCACCUACACUAUGUGCUCUCGACCUACUGCCCGCAACUGAAGGUGUACAAUUCGUUCAACGACCUCUACAAUGUCCCCCAAGUCGCCAAUGCCAUCGAGUUUAUAAUACCGGACCUGAACACUGACUGGGUUAACGGUACAGUGCUGGCAAACCCGAAGGGUUGGAACCAGCAGUUCCAUACGUACUUGGACCGGAAGUCGCCUCCUAAGGACAGGGAGUGGCCUCUUCGCGUGCACUUGAAGCACACACGUUGGGUGUGGCCAACUGCGAAUGAUACGGCCGCGGUAGCCUCGUCAUUUGGACGCAUUUUGCGCAUUCGAGAAGACGCUCGACGACUCGCGGCGUCGGCGCUCUUCUCGCUUGCGCUACGCUUCAGACUUAACAUCGACCCUCGUACGCGAUACCACCCAGAGAGUUUCGUGGGGAUUCAUCUGCGCACUGAUGAGGAUGUCAGUGAGGGCUUUCCAGACUACAUAACGCAGGCGGCGGAUUACUUUCACUUCCUAUCAGACGCAAAUGCCCCCGUGGCCUUCCUGGCAUCCGGAGCGACACCAGCCAACAUUACAGCUUUUACGCGACGUGCCGAGGAUUUCAAUGUGAAAGUCGUGACCAAGAGAGACAUUCUCGACGAGGAGGAACUGAAAGUACUGGAGGGAUUCACCUGGGAUCAGCGCAGCCUGGUUGACUACGAGAUCAUGUUGAGAGCCGGGCUGGUGGCAGGCGUGAGUGGGAGUAGUUUUGCGUGGAACCUGGCACUAAGGCGAUCAUAUGCGUUCGGGUCGGGCCCGACAGCGGUGCCGCAUCCGAUAGGGAGCACAAUUGCGUGGAAAGACCAGUUCACUACGCUGUAUGGGAAGCACGAGGAGCAUGAGAACGCGAUGAGGGCGACAAUAUGGCCAUGA